AGUUCCAACCUGCACCUAUUCGUGGGAUUACAAGAUUUGGAGAGAUGGCAGUUGAAUGGGUUGGGGGAAACGGAAAGCUCUAUGACAUAAGAUAAUCCUCGGAUCGUCUGCCCACAAACAUGGCGGCACUACCGCAUUUCAUUCUACCGAUAGCCCUGGGUUUUGUGACUUAUGUAUUUUUCAAACUAUUGUGGAGCCGUGUGUUGAAGGAAAUCAAGAACCGGUUUGGCUUUAGCGUUGCGGGCAUCAGCUUGACAUCUGUGUCUGGAGUAUCGUAUGCACCAUCACACCAAUUCGCAGGAUUUGAACAGAGUCUCGCUGAAUCUAUUCGACAUGCUAGAGCCAAACGGGGAGGGAAGAAUAAUGGGCAUCGUCGUCUACAACUGGUGCAAUUACAUGUAGAUCUUUUGUGGGUGGAAUUUCACCGACCUACUAAAAAGCGAUCUUCCUGGAUCAGUCUCCGGGUGACGACGCCAAAGGUGAUCUUGUGCACAACCGACCAGGCCGUCAUAUCUGGACGAUCACAGCCUUCUCGAUAUGCUCGAGUUCAGCUUUUACGACAGAGUCUGGAUAAAUUGGGGCGAAUGCUGCGAAAUAGUUUUAUACACAUCUUUUCUCAAAUAGUGGACAUCCGUAUCGAUGAUUUGGAUGUUUCGAUCCACCGACAGGACGGAGAAGAGAUGCUACGUUACCACCAAGAUAGUCUUGAAUUUGCUUUGGAUUCUGAUGGAUGGGAAGAACCGGCGGAUGCCGUAAAACCAAAAGUGCGACCACCGAACUUCUCGUGUAUCCUCACUAUAUCACCCUUUGUCGUAACAGGACAUUCUCCUUCGACCGAGGUGCCGAUUCAACUUCUCGUUGCGGAUAGCACCAGCACGAUCAGCUUCUUAGCGCAUAUUUCAGUGCUGGGCCGUAUUGAGCGUCCUCACCUGGAAAUACGACUCAAUGGCAUUUGCGUGUCAGCCAGUGAUUUGGGACGGAUUAUUGAUUCUAUCGGUCGAAGACUGCACGACGAGGUUCAAAACGGAGAAGAUCUCCCGGAAAGCAUACCAACUUCGAGGCAUAGGCACGGUCUCGAAAAACUGGAUUCUGAUCAGCUGCAUAUGUCGGGGCCAGUGGGCCGAGAUGAGCAGGAAGACAUGGACGUGAAGGUUGCGAUCCUUCAACUGGCGAGUCUCCCAUGGAAGCUGGCUGCAAUGGUCGAUAUUAAGCCCUCUGUUCAUGUUGUGUGUACGAGAACCUCCGUCACAUUCAACCCGUCAGCAGCGGACGGGCUUCGUGAUUACCAGAGAGAGAACGUUUUUCCGUCGUUACUCAUCACGGCCAGCAACAUAUCCUUGUCAUGUAAUUUACAGGAUGAGAGUGGCCAUCCUCGUUGCAUCAUCUUGAAACUUGCGGUCAGCGGCAUCUAUGUAGACUUGUUCCACUUUAAGAAUAUGGACCAUCCGACUUGGCACUUGCUGUUCAUUCGUGCACUCUGCCUUGACCUGCAGUUCCCCUUACCGGAUAUGAAACCACGGCGAAUAAGAGAGAAUACGGAACCGCCUUAUUGGCUCGAUAUCGGAAUGAAAUGCUUCAUUGAUACCCCCCGGAUUGCCCUUUCCGAUGAAUUGUUAUGCCUCUUUUAUUGGCUUUCAAGAGAACGAACGCACACUCCUUCCAAACCUCCUACAACCACAAUAAAAAAGACGAGUACUGCCAAGAUAAUCAGGAUCUCGAUAGGUUUACUUCGCCAUUUUCGUCCAACUGCCGAUCUGGAAGUGUCGCGUCCCAUGCUAGUGACCGAAAUUACCAGCUAUCAAACCUCAAUCACCUCUAAUGAGACUGCUUUCGUGGCGAUUGCCCUGAACGACAUACAGAUGAAAAUCAAGGUUGUUGCCCAACCAGCGUCCAUGGAAGAGGGACACAAGGGUUCUGAGACCCGUGGAGGACAGGAACUUCCACUAGUUGUUGAGACAUCCUUUAAUAUCGAACGCCUACGAAUAGCAGUGACUCGCGGAAGCCACGAUGAUAUAAACGAAACACCACCGGAACUGCGUGAUGUACUAUUUGCGAUGCGUAACAUACAUCUGGUUAUUCACUUAGUACCUCCCGGCGGAAACGACCAAGGCAUUCCACGGUUCCAUGUUAACGUGAACGGUAAAAUUGGGGAAACCACAGUGGAUCUUUCGCGGUUGACAUGUGGAGGGUGUAUCGACUAUUUCACCCUUAUGGCGUCUCUCAGCUCUAUGAUCAUGACGCUUCCUCCUAUGCCCAAGAAACGUGCAGGCCCAACUCCCAAUCAGCCAUCCAACUUCGAAAUAAGCAUCUAUUCGCAAAUCGCCACCGCUCCAAUCCGCUGCCUUGUCGUUGGGGAGGAUACGAAAAAUGCGCUGGCUCUGCGGAUAGAGAACGUAUUGUUGCAGAGCUCGCGUAACACGGGAGAGGGCGACAAAAGGGAAAAGUCAAGAACAGCAAGGACAACAACAACUACAACAGCGACGCGAUAUUCGAGCCGCUUGGAGGUGAAUGAUAUCCGGUUACGGAGUAUCAGUGAUUGUGAAUUAAAUGAAGAAGGUCAUUCUGAUACGAACGCUCUCGCCACUGGGACCAGAGAAGACGUUGUCUUGGACGUACGUCGACUGGAGUUAUAUGUUGACGCAGAGCCGAGUGAGUUUCCCACCGGCCCAAACUUAAAGAUUGACGAAGUCACCAUACACUUUAGUAUGAAAACAUUCUAUGUAGGUCUGAUGGCCACAUUAUUUUGUGUCAAGCUUGCGAAGCUUUUCAGUGUGGAGAAGGCGGAGAACCAUGACGUGGAAGCAGUACCGUCGCGAAAUAAGCAACGAGGCAUGGUUACUAUUGAUAGGGUAACACUUAACAUUGUCCUCCCAGAAGAAGUGCCGGUUCGUCUGAUCUUCGAUCCCAUUACAAUCACUUUAACGGACGACGGUGCGACACGUGUGGACCUCAGUAAGGCCACUCUGGAUGUACUACUAGAACAUGAGCAGCCCAAACAUGGCCAAAUCCUGCUGGUGAAGGAUGCAACUUUUCAGAUUGAGAAGAAGCCGGCCAUAAAUGGAGGCGUCAGACACACAACUGUCGUCAAUUGCGAGAUCAACUUUCUAAACUUCACGGUCCCCUAUGGAUUCAAAAUGUCAACGAUCAUUGAAAACUCCAUCAAUUUGCAAAAAGGGAUUAAAUUAUUACUCAUCAGGCAUUUGGGAAUGCGCGCGAAAACCCACUGUUCUGCCCAUGGCCGUACUCAUGUCGUGCCAGAGAAGAUUCCCGUGAUCAUGAUUACCGUUGUUCGGAUUGUAGUUAAACUCAUGGAUGAUCCUUUUGAAUCAGCUCUCUCGCGAAAUUACCUACUGGGAUCCGAAGAACAAGAAGGCCGCCUAGCUCGUGAUAAGGCCUUUCAGAAGAAAGCCGCCGCCUUACGAGCCAUGGAUGACGGUCGAUAUCACUAUAACCCCAUAACAGGGAAAACUAUUGAAGUUGAAAAUGCUUGGUGGAUGCUACAGGAAUUCAACUCACGAGCCUGGCUUGAUCGUAUUCGGAACUCACACGCUCAUCCAGACGCUUGGUUCCCUCCACUGAUGACUGCUGUUUUCACCGACCUAUCUGUUCGCCUGUCAGCUCCCUCUCUUCCUGCAUCGACUGUCGAAGAGUCUCUACAUAAAAUGGAUCCCAAUACCCCUGCCCGAGCACUCUAUGACGAUCUCAUCCCGAGGGAUGUCACAAUCAAUUUAGGCGAAAUGUCUCUACGUAUUAGAGACUAUCCGCUUCCCAUCGUGCACAUUCCAAAAUCGGCUACUUCCAGCUGGAAAACAGAAGGAUUGCUAAUUAUCGCUGAACAAGCGUCCGGAACCGAGUCAAAGCGUACCGUAUAUAUUCCUCUUGACCCGAUUGCGGAGGAACCGCUGCGAAUAGGCCGAACCGUGAACCCGACAAAGUUGUAUACCUCAUUUAACACCACGAUCACAACAUCCUCAACUAUCCAAUUGUGCUGGGGCGCUGCAACCGAACCCGGAAUUGCCGACGUGAUGGGCGUCUUUGAUACAUUCACCAAGCCAAACGUCGACCCUAGUGCUCCUAUCGGCUGGUGGGAUAAACUUCGGCUCAUUUUGCAUGGUCAUAAUGUCAUCAAUAUCACUGGAGGAGGUGAUAUCCGAUGUCGCAUCCUUGGUUCGACAUCACCUUAUUUCGAUCGACGAAAGCACUGGGGAACCGAGGGCGUGGAUAUUUGCUUGGAGGACGGUGUUUGCGUGGAUAUCAACGGUAGCGAGCAGGCUGGGGAAGACAUAACAAUAGAGUGUGGGGAAUUGGCAUUUUCCCUCCCAACUGCUCGACAUGAGAUUGCUUCCUCCUCGGGAAUCGACUGUGGUCAGGCAGAUGUGAUUGCAAGAAUGACAGGCGGAGCACGGAUCGCUCUUGGUUUUGACUUCCUUCCACAGCAGAAGCUUAAAGGUCGGAAAGAAGCGCUGGUUCGGAAGGUCCACACCGAUCUGGUGCUACGGGCACCAGAGUUUUGUCGUUCUGAACAUCCAUAUGAGAUAUGGGAUUCGUUCAAAGGCUUCCGAACCCAAAGCAUUCAUGUUACGCUGAAGAUAGAGUCACCAAGACCUUUCUAUUCUGGCUUGGCAGAACCGAUGAAUUGCCUGAAUUUGAGUGUGCAUACUUUGGAACGCUUUUUCAUGGUCACUCAAGUGUAUCAGUCCGUAUUGACGAGCCUUCCCAUCCGUCGAGGCAAGAUCUUCCAAGAGGGCACUGGGCCAGCUCCUUCCAAGCAAAAGCUUGGCCGUGUGAUCAGCACCUUGCAACUUGUAACCACGAUGUACCCUCUGUUACUUGGCUUCGUAGCUGAAGUCGAGGAAGGGAACGGAGCGAUUGGACUUCGAUGUCGUGCGGAAAAAAUGGGUGUUGAUAUGACUUGGAUCCAACAUUUAAUCAAGCAACGUCGUCCAAAGGAGGAGCUGCUCACUAGGAAGUCUACCAUUAAAUGGAAUCUCAGUGCGUCAGAGAUGGGAUUCACAGAAAUCGAGGUCAGGGUCAUAUCAUUGGGCCAGGGGAUGGAGGGAGACGCGGAAAAGGGGACACCGGAUACAUCUCAUGAUGCGAAUGAUACCCGAGAAUGGCUGUUUACGCAGGACUACCGUUAUUGCGACAGCGCGGAAAAUGUUAAGAUGAUUCCAUUCGCAUGGUCUCCCCGAAUCAUUUAUUUCAGACGUAGUGACCAAACGACGGUGGCGGGACACGAUAAUACGCGAAUGCGGAGAGAUGUUUACGCUGCGCAAAUGUCGCUCUUCAGAAAUCGGCUACGAGAGAUCGAAUCUUCCAUUCGACAUUACUUGGAGGUGCAAAAGGGUCUGGAAUACCGAAUGGCUGUUUUCUUUGACGACUCUCUCCGACAGCAAUCACAAAUCAUUGUAGAAAAAAUGGCGGUAUUACAUGAAAAGAAAGUAGUCAUCGAGCGAUAUAUACGGACCUGUCAAAAGAAAAUUGACACAGGAGAUGGACUUGAUUUCUCCACUCUCAGUCGCACAGAUGCGCGAUUACCACCCUCUGCGCUGUUCAAACACCAUUAUAUCGUUCAUAACGUGAACUUCCUUUGGAAAAAAGCAGUGCGAAACCUGAUCUUCAAUAUGCUCGCCCUACAAGAGAAGCGCCUAGCGGUCAAGUACUGCCUGUCCAGCACAGCGACAAGAAUUAUGAGUCAACUUGUGUCGUCUGUCGCAGACCGUAAGCGAGGCGCGGAGCUGGUUGACCAUCUCUCUGAUCCGCUUCUCGAAAUACCAAAGGCACCAGCACCAUCACGAUCAAAGCGGUCUACGAUGGCCGUCAAGAAUGUGAAUGCAUCCAUGGCGCAAGAACUGCUCUUGAAGCUUUUGUCAGAGUUGGAUACAAACUUCACAGUCCCGAACGAAGCUGAAGUCGAAGACGACGAAUCCGUCAGUGCUAGCCCGACCAGAGGUUCAGCGUCGGCGUUUACUAGUCAAAAGGCCUAUAUACCAUCAAGAGAGCCCGACUCACCCGAUUACGUUGCCGAGAAUCAAACGUAUGAAAGUAACUACAUCGUCCAGCUUAUUAAUCCACAGGUGAACCUGGAAGCGGAACCAAAGAACGAUCCAAGCCAUUUGGAAACGGUGGUGGUAGCCGCCGAAAGCAUGCAGCUGCGUUCCGUCUUCGUUCUUGAUGCUCAAGCCUGUUCUGCACAAGCCCCUGACGAGUACAGUGAUCGAAACGAACAAAUUAUCAAAACGCGAUCGAUACUCAGCAUUCAAAAUGCCCAACUCUUUGUCGUGAGAAAGGCGGAUCUGGACGAGGCACCCGAGUUUGACCUGGACAAUAUCAUCAUGCAGCGACAUCCAGCAACGGCUAAAGACCCUGCACGACCAUGGCCUGUAUGGGUCCCGAUCGAGUGCCUUAUCGAUCACUCUUCACAUUCUGGUUACCUUCAGAGGGUGGUGGAACGCACCUCUGCCAGUUUCCACCGAGAUGUGCCCAACCCACUCUAUCUCAAGACCGAUAGAGCCAUCAACAGCCCCGAAUUGACCCAGACUCUACAUGUCAAUUUCCCAACGUUUAUUAUUUCUGCCAAUGCUGCCCAGUAUAUGAUAAUCCAUGAUGUUAUUGGAAACCUGCUGAUAUACCGAGAUCCUGUUCGAGGGGAGCGCACGGAACGCCUGAAGAAGAUGAUGCUUGUUCUAGAGCAGAUGGAUGAUCUGCAUAAAGUGCAAGAGACGGUAAUUAACCUUCAGCAAAAGAUACGGCAUGCUGAUGCAUUACUUCGUUGGGGAGUUCCAACGCCUGAUAAACAGUCUCCAAACGAAAGCGCACUAGCGGUCCGCAAUUUGGAAUUGCAACGUCACCUGGUUCACCAUCAAGACGAGCUCAUUGUCAUUGUGAAUGCUCUGAAAACACUGCAAAUUUUGCAGCAAAAGCGCAAAUCAGUGGCUAUAUCUUGGCAGACAUUUGUAUCGGUCGAUAAGGUUGUCUGGUGCAUGUUAGCGGACGAUAACUCCCCUAUGUGUCAGUGGACGCUGGACGUUGCACAGUUUACCUGGAUUCAACACGAAGAUCAAUCAAGCAUAAAUACUUUGCAUAUCGAUCAGGUUCAUGUAGAGAAUCAAAUGACAACACCAAACGCCUUCAAAGAAGUGAUCGCCGCUUACAACCCGGACAAGCGUGACGUUGAUUUUACGCGUCAUAAAAUGUUGCGAGUAUACUGGCGCGAGAUGGCUCCUGUCGCUGGAAUCAAAGUUGUGGACCAUUUCGAAGUCAAUAUUUUCCCCUUACUGAUUCAGGUGACAUACGAUAUGGCCAAACAAAUCGUCUACUAUCUGUUUCCCGAGAAAAGGGCUCGGGCUGAAGCAAAGGACAAUGGUGCUCUCAGUAAUACGGAGGAUAGGAGUUCGAGAAAGAGCUUUAAGGUUGAUCCAGAGCAGCUGACCGUGCGAAGUAUCCGGUCGAAUGCUUCUGAGUCUUCCCGACAUUCGUCUGGCGCCAUAGAGGAUAUCGCAUCGAUAACGAGCAGCAAACACGGCUCUGCAUCCGAGAACGAAGCGUCACCCACCUUUGAACGACGCCGAAAAUUCAAAACUGGCGCCUUUUCUAGUUACGGGCAUCAACGAGGAGGAAGCAACCGGAGUGAUUCGCGCGAAGACUUGGCUUUGAAAGUGACGCAGACAGAGCAUAAAGUCAAUGAGCUCAAGCAAAUGCAAGCCCGUGCAUCCGAAAAUCGCUCCUUCAUUUACAUUAAGAUGCCUGGUGGACAGCAUUGCCUGAGUUACCGGGGUUCGAAAGAAAAAAACAUUGAAGAUCUGUACAUGUUCGCUUUCAGAAUGCCAACCCUCGAGUUUCGGAAUAAGACCUGGACAUGGUUGGAUUUUCUUGAUGCCGUUAAACGAGAGGCUCUCCGUGCUGUCCUAGCCAAUACUGGAGCUUUAGUUCGGGAGAAACUUUUCCAGAAGCGCAAGCAUAACCUUCCAUCAGAAAGCGAAACUUUGCAAGUAGCUCCAGCUCACCCUCCGCGCCCUUCAAUGAUGAAGCCAUCUCUAUUCAAAGGAAAGAAGGAUCGUAAGCAGAAACAACCUGACAAUGAAGUGCUCUUUGAUGUUGAAUCAUCGGGACUACUUGAGGAUAACUUGGAAUGACAUUUACAUAUUACAUAUCAUUGUAUCAUAAUACUUUGCAAUAUAUUAGGACUAUGGAUUUCGUGC